CAAUAUUAUACAAUUUCAAUCACAAAACAAAGCUACCAACACUACCAAUAUGCGUUUCAUUCUCCUUGCCGCUCUUAUUGCUCCGUUGGCCUCUGCAGCGGUUGCUGGCGUCGACAUCGAGGCCCGUGUGGAAGCCGUAGCUCAGGUCGAAGAACGAUCUCUUCUCUCCUUGGAUAAACGGGCCUGUAAAAACACUGGUUGCAAAUGCAGCACUCUGCACCCCCUUAAGCAAGGCCAGUACUGCGGCAAUUGUGUUUGGUCCAACGGCGACGGCUACAUCAUCACCGCUAAGCGAGUCAACAAUCACGUUUAUGAAUGCUCGCCCUCUGGGGCCUGCUGCGACUAUGGUGUGGGAAGCGACUGCGGCUCUGGAACUGCUCGAUGCGGAUGAAGAUUAGCAAAGCUUUAAUGGACUGUUGGAAAUAGUGUGAAGGACAUCAACAUUCGUCAACAAUGGAGGUGAAAGGGGUCAAGAGGUAGAACCAGGAUAUUGUCCGUAUAUUCUUUAGAAUUAUUUGGACAGUUAUUUGACUAUUAUAUCUCUGUCGUGC